GGCAGGGGCCCCGUGAUUGGUGACAUGUCUGGCAGGCCUAGGGGACAAAUCCUCAGCCCGGGUGCAUCAGGCCAGAGCCUGGCUGUCUGGAGCCCUCCAGGAAAUGAACCGCGGGGCUGCGGGACACCCAAGUGACUAUGCCAAACAAUGGACAAGGGGGCUGGAGUCUCAGAGCCGAAGUGCCUUCCGCUUCCAUCGGCUCCGCCCAGGAGCAGGUGCACCCAGGUGGUGGCCUGGGCUAUAAAGCUGGCCCCCUGGGGCUUGGGGACUCAGCACCAGGGGUUGGAGGGCAGGCAUGGGGAUGACUUCGUUCCUGCUCGGCACAAUCCUAGCCCUGCUCUGGGCGCCCAUGGCUCAGGCUGAGGUUCUGCUGCAGCCUGACUUCAAUGCUGAAAAGUUCUCAGGCCUCUGGUACGUGGUCUCCAUGGCAUCUGAAUGCAAGGUCUUCCUGGACAAGAAGGACCACCUGUCCAUGUCCACCAGGGCCAUCAGGCCCACAGAGAAGGGCGGCCUCCACGUCCACAUGGAGUUCCCGGGGGCAGACGGCUGUAACCAGGUGGAUGCUGAGUACCUGAAGGUGGGCCCCGAGGGACACUUCAGAGUCCCAGCCUUGGGCUACCUGGACGUGCGCAUCGUGGACACAGACUACAGCUCCUUCGCCGUCCUUUACAUCUACAAGGAGCUGGAGGGGGCCCUCAGCACCAUGGUGCAACUCUACAGCCGGACCCAGGACGUGAGUCCCCAGGCUCUGAGGGCCUUCCAGGACUUCUACCCGACCCUGGGGCUCCCCGAUGAAAUGAUGGUCAUGCUGCCCAAGUCAGACGUAUGCAACCCUGAGAGCAAGGAGGCGCCCUGACACCUCUGGAGCCCCGCCCCGGCCCUUCCCAGGUGGAGCCAAAGCAGCAGGCGCCUUCGCCCCUGGAGUCGAGACCCACAGCCCUCGGGGACCACCUGGAGCCUCUCCAUCCUCCGCCCCCCGCCUGUGGGAUGCCUCGUGGGAUGCCUCUUUCUAUUCAAUAAACAGAUGCUGCAGCC